AUGGCUGGUAGAAGGAACAACGGAGAUAUGGGUGGACAGAACAACCAGUUCCUAGAAGGACUUACUACACUUCUACGGGAGCAGAAUCGCAUUCAUGGGGAACAGAUUCAACAAAUAUUGCAGGCUAGGAAACUGGGGAGUACACCCAGACGUUCUACAUCUAGUGCGCAACCGAUCUACAAGCAGUUUUGGGAACUGGGACCGACGGAAUUUAAAGGCACCAUGGACCCGAUCGCUGCAGAAGCUCACAGAUGCAGACAAGGUCAGGAGGUAUUCUAUGGGAAGUAUUUCACAGUUGAAAACAGGACACGGCUGGCGCGAAAAUUCUUGGAGCUUCGCCAGGGUGACUUGACGGUGGCGAAGUACGUCAGGAGGUUCGAGAGAGGACGCUAUUUCGUACCUAUGAUUACCAGUCAACCAGUCGAGGAACUGAAGCAUUUCACAGAGGGUUUGAGGUCGGCUAUUCGCCAUGAUGUCAGGAUGAGUCGGGUCACCACAUUCAGAGAGGCAGUUGACCAGGCAUUGAUGUCCGAAAGAGACAGAAAUGACAUGAUCAAAGAGGCGCAGAACAAGAGAUUGAGUUAUCAGGGACGGGAUCAGCAGGAGCCGAGAAAGAAGAAGGUCGAAAACAAGGUUCGCUGUUCCAAGUGUGAGAAGAUUCAUGCUGGGCAGUGCUUGACUGGUACAGAUGCUUGCUACAUGUGUAAGAUGUCAGGGCACUUCGUGAGGGAAUGCCCACUGCUCAGGGAGCCGACCAAAGGGAGAGUAUUUGCGAUGACACAGGAGCAGGUGGAUCUGGACACGGCUAUUAUCACAGAUUCCGGAGCUACGCAUUCCUUUAUAUCUGAGGCUUAUCUUACAAAAUUGGGCAUUAUACCUGAACAAAUGGCUACGGGAUAUAGUGUUUCAUUACCGUCAGGGGAGGAAUUGCAUAGCAACAGGAUGUAUGAGGCAGUCAUCGAUUGCAAGCUGCGGACGGUUAAGUUGAAACUACCAAAUGAAAAACUUCUCAUUUUUCAAGUAGCUUCACAACUGGCCGUACCCCACAUGAUCUCCAUGUGUAAAGCUCGAAGAAUGCUAAACAAGGGAUGCGAGGGUCUUUUAGUCCACAUCUCGGUUAAAUCGGAGCCACGACGACCUAGUUUAGAGGAAGUGGAGAUAGCUCAAGAUUUCCCAAAGGUGUUUCCAGAGAAUAUCACAGGACUACCUCCAGCUCGGAAGGUGGAGUUCGGAAUAGAACUGAUACCGGGGACUAUGCCGGUAUCAAAAGCACCAUAUCGAUUGGCGCCUACCGAAAUGAAAGAGCUGAAGGAGCAGUUGCAGGAAUUGCUGGACAAGGGUUUCAUUCGACCAAGCGUAUCACCAUGGGGAGCACCGGUGUUAUUUGUACGUAAGAAGGACGGAACUAUGCGUCUGUGCAUUGAUUACCGGGAGCUGAAUCGAAUGAAGGUAAAGGAGAAGGAUGUGCACAAAACAACAUUCAGAACCCGAUACGGGCAUUAUGAGUUCUUAGUUAUGCCAUUUGGACUUACUAAUGCCCCAACAGUAUUUAUGGACUUGAUGAAUCGGGUAUUUCAUUCUUACCUGGACCAGUUUGUUAUUGUCUUCAUCGACGAUAUAUUAAUUUACUCUCGGAAUUUCCAAGAGCAUCGCCUGCAUUUAACCACGGUGUUGCAGACAUUGAAGGAUCAUCGGUUGUAUGCCAAGUUUAGCAAGUGUGACUUUUGGCUGAAUCAGAUUCCGUUUCUAGGGCACAUUGUCUCAGGGAAUGGGAUAGAAGUGGAUCUGGCUAAGGUGGAGGCAAUUCGGAAUUGGGAUACGCCCAAGAAUGCUUCCGAGAUACGGAGUUUUCUGGGGUUGGCAGGUUACUAUCGGAGGUUCAUUCAGAAUUUUUCCCGGGUUGCGUUGCCAUUGACCUCAUUGACUAAGAAGGGGGUAAGAUAUGAAUGGACGGAUCAGUGCAAGAAAAGCUUUGAGGAGUUGAAAGAAAUAUUGACGACGUUACCAGUGCUUGCGAUAUCAGAUGGUUCUGGACGGUUUGUGGUGUACACAGAUGCCUCCAAAACUGGAUUAGGAGCUGUGCUGAUGCAUAACGGGAAGGUCAUUGCGUAUGUCUCACGUCAGUUGAAGGUGCAUGAGCAAAACUAUCCCACCCGCGAUCUGGAGCUUGUGGCAGUUAUAUUUGCUCUAAAGAUUUGGAGGCAUUACGUUUACGGAGAACGGUGUGAAAUUUUUACAGACCACAAGAGUUUGAAAUAUUUCUUUACACAAAAGGAACUGAAUAUGAGACAGAGGCGGUGGCUGGAGUUGGUGAAGGAUUACGACUGUAGUAUCAAUUAUCAUCCGGGCAGGGCCAAUGUUAUGGCGGAUGCACUGAGUCGCAAAUCUGCAAUGUCGUCGCAACUAACCACCCAGCAGCAAUUGAUAUCAGAAUUUCAACGGUUGAGACAGGAAGUGGUAGCGCCGCAGGAGCAUCUUAGAUUGUCAGCAAUGAUCAUAAAAUCAAACCUACUGGACUAG